UCCGGAUCCGCGCUCUCCCAGCAUCCUUUGCCUUCCGGUAUGUGUACCCGUCCGGCUAGUCCCGCCUAGCGCGCCCAUUUCGAGCCGAAGUUUCCAGCUCGGGUUUCCUUGCUCAGAAUUUUCCAGGAGUGGGUCUUUGGCCAGUGGCUCUGGGAGCAGUAAUGGCGCAGCUAGAGGGUUACUAUUUCUCGGCUGCGUUAAGCUGUACCUUUUUAGUGUCUUGCCUCCUUUUCUCCGCCUUCAGCCGGGCGCUGCGAGAGCCCUACAUGGACGAGAUCUUCCACCUGCCUCAGGCGCAGCGCUACUGUGAGGGCCAUUUCUCCCUUUCCCAGUGGGAUCCCAUGAUUACUACAUUACCUGGCUUAUACCUGGUGUCAGUUGGAGUGGUCAAACCUGCCAGUUGGAUCUUUGGAUGGUCUGAACAUGUUGUCUGCUCCAUUGGUAUGCUCAGAUUUGUUAAUCUUCUCUUCAGCGUUGGCAACUUCUAUUUACUAUAUUUGCUUUUCCGCAAGGUACAACCCAGAAACAAGGCUGCCUCAAGUAUCCAGAGAGUCUUGUCAACAUUAACGCUAGCAGUAUUUCCAACACUUUAUUUUUUUAACUUCCUUUAUUAUACAGAAGUGGGAUCUAUGUUUUUCACUCUUUUUGCGUAUUUGAUGUGUCUUUAUGGAAAUCAUAAAACUUCAGCCUUGCUUGGAUUUUGUGGCUUCAUGUUUCGGCAAACAAAUAUCAUCUGGGCUGUCUUCUGUGCAGGAAAUGUCAUUGCACAAAAGUUAACUGAGGCUUGGAAAACUGAGCUACAAAAGAAAGAAAACAGACUUCCACCUAUUAAAGGACCAUUUGCAGAAUUCCGAAAAAUUCUUCAGUUUCUUUUGGCUUAUUCUAUGUCCUUCAAAAACUUGAGUAUGCUUUUCCGUCUGACUUGGCCAUACAUCCUUCUGGGAUUUCUGUUUUGUGCUUUUGUAGUACUUAAUGGUGGAAUUGUUAUUGGCGAUCGGAGUAGUCAUGAAGCCUGUCUUCAUUUUCCUCAACUGUUCUACUUUUUUUCAUUUACUCUCUUUUUUUCCUUUCCUCAUCUCCUGUCUCUUAGCAAAAUUAAGACUUUUCUUUCCUUAGUUUGGAAACGUAGAAUUCUGUUUUUCGUGGUUACCUUAGUCUCUGUGUUUUUAGUUUGGAAAUUCACUUAUGCUCAUAAAUACUUGCUAGCAGACAAUAGACAUUAUACAUUCUAUGUGUGGAAAAGAGUUUUUCAAAGAUAUGAAAUUGUGAAAUAUUUGUUAGUUCCAGCCUAUAUAUUCGCUGGUUGGAGUAUAGCUGACUCAUUGAAAUCAAAGUCAAUUUUUUGGAAUUUAAUGUUUUUCAUAUGUUUGUUCAUUGUUAUAGUUCCUCAGAAACUGCUGGAAUUUCGCUACUUUAUUUUACCUUAUGUCAUUUAUAGGCUUAAUGUACCUCUGCCUUCCACAUCCAGACUCCUUUGUGAACUGAGUUGCUAUGCAGUUGUUAAUUUCAUAACUUUUUACAUCUUUCUGAACAAGACUUUUCAGUGGCCAAAUAGUCAGGACAUGCAAAGGUUUAUGUGGUAAUAUCAGUGAUAUUUUGAACUGUAAAAGUGGACUUAAUAAUUAGACCCUUUCUGCAAUGAACAACUGAAUAGAUAGAAAUUAUAAACUUUCUUUCUGGUACAACGGUGAUUACAUUAGAUAUUUUUAUAUCUGUUUUAAACAUAUAUAAGAAAUUAAGUGGCAGAGCACUGAGAGAGCUUAAGACCUGCUUGAAAAGCCUGAAUAAUGGGAAAAUAAAAUUGUUUUCAGUUAUCUCAUAUCUCUCUAAUAAUGUUGGCCCCUCAAAAAGCUUGGGAAUGUUUUGUAUGUUCAAGUUUAUUAAAACUGGGUAUGCUUCAUAUUACUGGAACUAAUUUAUUCUCUCCAGAGAGAAAUAUUAGGUUGGUGCAAAAAUAAUUGUGGUUUUUGCCAUUGAAAGUAAUGGCAAAACCACAAUUAUUUUUGCACCAACCUAAUAACAAAGUAUUAGCAGAUAUUUAACAAAAAUUAUCAGGUGAUUAUCUUGAUUGAAAAGUUGCUUAACAUUUCAGUAAAUAUAAUUUGAAAUCUAGGUCAAAAUAGACAUGCAUAGAUAGUAAAUGAUAGAAACUCAUAUAUGUCUAUCUAGGCAUCAAAUUGUUGGUUAUUGUUUAAAAAAAUCUAUAAAUGAUGAAGCUCUUUCAUUAAUUCCUACUAUGAAGGGUAUGAUGGCCAAAGACAAAUUGUGUUGAUAAUACCUUUAAAAGGGAGAUUUUCUUUCUGAAAUACAUAUUGUAUUAGCUUCCCAUGGCUCCCAUAACAAAUGACCACAAACUUGGUUGCUUACAACAAUUUUCCUCACAGUCUGGAGGCCAGAAGUCUGAAAUCAAAGUGUCAGCAGCGUUGGUUUCUUCUGGAGGCUCUAAGGAAUAAUCCAUUUCAUGUCUCUCUCCUAAUAUCUUGUGGCUGUCUGCAAUUCUUGGAGUUACUUGGCUUAUGGACAAAUCUUGUCCAAGGAUUACAGACCGCAGUCUUCACUCCAGUCUCUGCCUCUGUGUUCACAUGGCCUUUCUCCCUGUCUUUUCUUUAUUACCUUUUAAAGGCUGUCUUUGAAUUGAGGGCCCACCUUAAUCUAGGAUGAUUGUGUGGAGAUCCUUAAUUAUGUGUAUAAAGACCCAUGUUCCAAGUAAGUUCAUAUUCACAGGUUCUGUGAAUCCAUGUCUUUUCAUGGGAUACUUUUAAAAGACAUUUUAGGAUAAUCCUCAUAUAAUUGUUAGAGUGAAUGGAUAGGAGACUAUCUUUUUACAUUUUUAAAUUAUAUAUCAACAAAUUAUAGUUGUAUAUGCUUAUGAGGUACAAAGUGGUGUUACCAUUUCUGAAUAUAAUGUGGGAUGGUUAAAUAAAGCUAAUUAACCUAUCCAUCACCUAAAAUAUUUGACAUAUUUUGUGAUGAAAACAUUUGAAAUUUACUCUCAACUGUAUUGAAAUGUACAGUGCUUAAUUAUUAGCUGUAUUCACCGUGUUUUGUAAUACUUCUAAAAAAAAUCAAACAUAUUUCUUCUAUCUAAUUGAAGCUUUGUGUCUUUUGAUUAUCAUCUCCCCAUUCCCACUUCUCUGGCCUCUAGUAACCAUCAUUCCUCUCUCUAAUUCUAUGAGUUUAAUUGCUUUAGAUUACACAAAUAAGUGAGAUCAUGUGGUUGCCGUUUUUGUGCUUGGCUUAUUUCACUUACCGUAAUGUCCUCCAAGUUCAUCCAUAUUGUUGCAAAUUACACAAUUUCUACCUUUUUAAAGGCUGAGUAUUUUAUUAUGUAUCUGUGUAUAUACAUGCCAUAUUUUCUUUAUCCAUUCAUCCAUGAUGGACACUUACAUUGACUGAAUAACUUGGUUAUUGUGACUUGUCUGCAAUGAACAUGGAGUGCAGACUUCUCUUUGACAUAUGGAUUUCAAAUAUUCUGGAUAAAUGCCCAGAAGUGGGACUGUUGGAUCAGGAGAUAUCUUAGCUGAUAUCUUUUAAAUAACUCUCAGUAUCUUUACUGAGAGGUUAAAAAAUAAAUGACUUUUGAGGUAAUAUAAAGCUAAAGGGGACUAGUGUUUGAUUCUAAUAUC